GAGGACGGAUGUGUGUGUGUGUGUGUGUGUGUGUAAGAACACGAAAGAGAGAGACAGAGAGAGGAGCAAACAGGGACAACGGCAAGAUGCACCACACAUAUUCAGAGUCUUUGCCUUGCCUGGUCUGGUCUGGUCUGGUCUGAGUGGAUAGACAGUGCCGACAAGAGACAAACCCCACAUGCCAUCCACCAUGGACGGCAGCCGAGCGGACAGCAACUCCGUCGUGGCCCUGCUCUUUAUUUUUCGAUAUACGAUAGCUACCGGGCUCUGUCUUCGCCAUGGUCUGGCCCACGGUACGGAUACACGCACGGCACACGACGGGAAACCCACGGCAUUACCACUAGAUGCUGUGUUCUCUGGAGGGCGGAGGUGCGAGAGGAGGAGGCCUGGCCUGACCAGCAUCAAGCAUGCCUCUCUCUCUUUCUCUCUCUUAUAUGGUCUUGGCAUACUCGGUACGACGUGAGACCUCAACUCGCAUCCCAUCCAUCCCACACACCCAUCCGUCCUUAUCCGCCCCAUGUACCGCCCAUCAUCGUAUGGGAAACAAGACUCCCCCCCAUUCGCAAGUAGUGUUCCCUCCCAUGUACACCUUCUCCCA